GAAAGAUCCGAACAGUUGGCUCGAGCUCGCGCUGGUGAGGAGAGCUCAGACGACGAUGAUGAUGACAUGGAAGAGGGUGAUGAAGACGAGCUGGCUAAUCGUCAAAUUGAAAUUGAGAAUGAGCUGAUUAAAAAAAUGAAGGAACUGAAGGUGGAAAUCAAUGCAGAACAAGUAGCAAUAUGUGUGUCUGAUAUGAUCGCAGCCAUGAGCAUUCAUGCGAAAAAUUACGAACGUGUCAGAGCAUCGAGUCCUCCUCGCCAUGAUUUCAGCGAAGACGGACCCCUCAUAGAACUACCUUGGUCAGAUGAAGGAGAAAUAGGUGAUGACGAAAUUCUGGAGAGUGAGGAUGUAGAAGUGUUCGAUUGGUCCGAAGACAUAUUUCCAGAUGACGAUAAUGCGGUUGUAGGAGAGAAACGUCCGCUAGAUGUGCUUGACAUCUUAGAUUUGCCUUUGAAGCGGCGGGCGGUAGAAAAAGACGGAUUUAUCGAGCAAAAGCCAAUGGAGACAACUCCACCACCGUUGCAAUUGCGGUCAUGUUUAAGAUACCACGAAGAGGUAUCCAAGUAUGUCUUGCCAUAG